AUGGAAGCGCUUUUAGCAGAAGAAUGGGCCAAGGUAGAGGAGACGUUAGGAUUUCGUCCACAGUUAGUGGGGGACGCAAUGUCCAUGAGAGAGCAAUACCGCGCUCUUGCAGAGCAGACAAAUGCAGAGAGCCCUUUAACCCCAAAUGUGCAUGUGGAAGAAAUCGUGGUGAACAAGAAUGUAACAGUGAGGGUCUAUCAACAGGUGAAAGAGACUGAGCCUGCCCCAGUCGGGGUCUACUUCCACGGCGGCGGAUUUUGCUGUGGGGAUCUGGACUCGGAGGACCCCUUUUGUCGGAUGCUUGUUGAACGCUAUUGCUGCCUGAUUGUCUCUGUUGGAUACAGACUUGCCCCAGAGCACAAGUCUCCAGCCCAAAUUGAGGAUGCAAUUGCUGCAUGGGACUGGGCAUUUGGAAACGCAUCAAAGUUCGGCGGUGAUCCAAGUCGCUAUUUUACCAUCGGCCAAAGCGCUGGCGGGAGUCUAGCUUUAGCAGUAGCACAUUUGCUCAUUGCACAAGAGCGGCACUCCGAAAUAAAAGGCGUCGCUGCCUUAGUGCCACUGACCGUCCACCCCGACAAUGUUCCCCCGCAACAUGCAGACAGCCAUCGGUCGCACCAGGAAUGCGCCGAUGGACCAGUGAACACGGCACAUUCCAUGGCUACCUUUCUAGAAUCGGUUGAAGCAAAGGAAAACGAUCCAGGAGUCUUUGUUCUCCUUAGUCAACACUUGAACCUAUUUCCACCCACCUAUAUCGCGGUCUGCGAAAUAGAUCCUCUACGGGAUGAUGGUAUUCUCAUGGCGAAUGCACUGCAACAAGCUUGGGUUCCGGUAAAGCUCCAACAAUAUCACGGUUUGCCGCAUGUUUUCUGGGCAUUUGGAUGCCCUCCACCAAGUGGCGACUUCGUAGGCGACGUCCUUGCUGGGAUAGACUUUAUUCUCCAUACGUAG